AUGGUUGCGAAAAGCAAGAAUCUUGAUCAGACGUCGGUGGUGGACGAUACGGCGGCGAAUUGUCUAAUGCUGUUAUCGAGAGUUGGGCUAGGAGGCGGCGGUGGAGAAGGAGGAGAGAGUCACGAGAGCCGAGUUUACAGAUGCAAGACUUGUAUGAAAGAGUUCUCGUCGUUCCAAGCUUUAGGAGGCCAUCGUGCGAGUCACACGAAACCUAGUAACAACAACAGCAGCGGCGACGAUAAGUCGUCGUCGUCGUCGAUUUCUUCGUCGGGGUCCGUUACUAAGAAGGCGAAAACGCCGACGCCUCAUCUUUGUCCGAUAUGUGGUUUGGAUUUUCCGAUAGGACAGGCUCUUGGUGGCCACAUGAGGAAGCACAGGAACGAGAAAGUCUCAGGCGAGUUGGUUACACGCUCUUUGUUUCCGGUGGAGACGACCACGACGAUGGUGUCGACCUUGAAGAAAUCGAGUAGCGGGAAGAGAGUGGCGUGUUUGGAUCCUGUGUUAGAUUCUAAGGAGACUCUGAAUCUGAACUUGGAGCUUGGGAUGUCGAUUUGCUGA